ACGACUCGCUUUCACAGCUGUUCCUCAUGCACACAUUCUCGUAGCGCGGUAAAGAAAAAAUAAAAGGCGGAGGAGGAGUCCAAAGGGUUGGUGCAGUCGUUGGCAGUCAAUUUCCUUCCGGUUUCUCCUCCUCCUCCUUUUGCAUGUGACGUGUGAAAGGGUGUUCACUCGCGCUAGUGAGCCUAUAAGAACGCGCCGAGCUCUUCGGCGGUCUUGCAAACAGAACUUCUGCUUGUGGUGGAUUCAUCCAUCGUCUUGAAGAUAAAGCAUUCAUUUCUGAAUGAUCGCAGGAGCCACAGAAUUGGAUGGAGAGGUCCCUUCAUUAUUAUGGGGCUUGGAUCCUAUCUUUUCAGCCUUUGCAAGAUUGUACAUUAAAGACAUACUAGAAAUGAAAGAGUCUAAACAGGUUCCAGGUAUAUUCUUUUAUAAUCAACAUCCAAUAAGGCAGGUUGAUAUUCUUGGAACUGUGGUUCUCACCAAAGAGCAAGAAUCAUUUUAUAUUUAUGGAGUGGAUGAUGGCACAGGCGUAAUAAGUUGUAUGUGCUGGAAGAACACAUUGACAGAAAAGAAAUCUUUGUCAGAUUUUGAAUCACAUUCAAGUACUUCAGGUGCGUUGGAUCUAAUUGAACAGAUAAGGAAGAUGCAAGUAGCAGUUCAGCAAAAAACAAGGCUAGAAAUCGGUGAUCUAGUCAGAGUUCGUGGUUGCAUUCGAAUCUACAGGCAGCAGAGAGAAAUCAAGGCCUUCAUGUAUUAUAAAAUUAAUGAUCCUAUGUUUGAAGUUCAGAUUUCAAGGAUGCUAAAACUCCCCCAUUUGUAUAGAGAUAUUUAUGAUAAGCCAUUUCACUUCCAGGAAGAGGCACAGAGAAGACAAGGUCCUGCAGAUGCACUAUGCUCUAUCACCAUACUGAGUGGAAAAAUAAGAGACUUUCUGUUGGGGAAAAAGAUUCAAAGCUUCUAUAAACAGGAAUUGGAAACCGUGGAGGAUUUGGUCCGUCAUGUACAAUCAGAGAUACCAAGUACCACGGCUGGGCAAAUGGAAUCAGAAGCUGGUCCAAGCUCCAAAUCAAUCAGAAAAGCUUUCACAGAAGCAAUCCAGGUAUUGCAGGAAAAGGGUGUUAUUUUCCAGAAAUCACAGAAUCCCAAGAAUCUGUUUUACGUAACAGAACAAGAUAGAGAAUUGCAUAGAACAACCCUUGAAGUCCUAAGAGCUGAUUGCAAGAGGCCAAAAUAUGCUGAAAAGGGCUGCCACCGACGUCACAUUCUCAGUUGUAUUCAACAGAGCUACAGCCCGUAUGUUACCGAAGCUGUGAUCUGUUGCCUCCUGGACUGGUUAGAGGCUAACAGUGAUGUUGUCACUACAAUGGAAGACUAUUACACAGUCUUUUAAGAUUGUCAAGUUCCUCUCAGCUGCUUGUUGAUGGAAUUGGAUUUCAGAUUUAGUCUAUGGGGGUAAUGCAUAUUCUUGUCAGUUUUUUAAUAUUUUGUAUUUUUAUGAUUAAGUUUGUAUAAAAUUACAGAAAGUAAAAAACAAAGAUUUCCCAGAUGCAUAGAAUCUGCAAAUCAGGCAAAAUUGGUCAGCUGCAGAAUCUGCAAGUGGGGUAUCCAGAACUUAUUAGAAUUCAUUUGUAUCCAAUUUAUCUGAUAUCUCUAAUCCCUAAAGCCAAACAGCCAAAUUUAGAAGUGCAGCUAAUUGGAGUUUGAAGCAAGCACAAAAUAGACUCAGUUCUAAGCAGAAACUAGCAAAACAGGGGAGGAAAACAAAUAUAACAUUUGGUCAGGUAGCUCAGACUGCUGAAGACCAGGUCUAAAAAGGUAUGUCAAGUACUUUGUUUCCUAGAUUACUGCAUCACUGCUAGCACCAGAUUGUAAACUUGCAGGGGACAUUUGAGUAAUGCUAGAUAUUUUCAAGAGACUGCAGGUGGUGCAGUUGUUUAAACUGCUGUG